AUGAGAGCCGAUACCGCUGAUGGGCGCGCCACUGUCGUAGGCGGAAAGCAAGGAAGGUGUAGGACAGCGCGUAUAAAGUUAUAUUUUAACGCCGUGCGUCUGUGCUGGCGACGAUUCGGAGUGGCGGGCGGUAGACGGAAAACCGGAACGGAGAACGGAGUGCAGCAGCCGCGGGACGAGAACGACGCUUGGGCGGAUGAGCGGAACGGCGCGAGAAGACGGGACGGGGGACGGGAACGCAAGGGACUUAGGCGCGGCCUCGAUGUGGCGGCGGCCGAAACGGGUGAAAAUAGACCGCGGGACGGUUUAGGCGCGUCGAGUGGAGGGAGGGAUCUUGGAGCGGUAAUGAAAAUAAACGCAGGAGAAAAGAGGCGCAGAGGAAGACCGAAAACAAGGCGGCUGGAUAGGAUUAUGAAUGACGAGCGAACGGCCGUGGUGUUCCGGAGAUGGGAGAACGGGUUAAAGGCGGGAGUUUAG